AUGGUUGAGACAUUCGCGGAGUUGGAAGCUCGACCUAAAUUUCAUUCGUGCAACAUCCAAGCUGUUGCUAACAUAAUGCAGGUACGUACCGAGAGAAGUUCAAUAGAACAUUCGAGACGAUUGUCGCUUAAUGAAGACUCUUUGCCGCGAGAAGUAAUCAUGUACAUGCUCGCCUACGCCAACGCAGGAGGCAUUCAAGAGCCGCAACUGCCACCAGUCAACGGGAUGCCUCAGGCAGGACCGGUCACUGAAGCUGCUCAACGUCUAGCUCGAGAUUAUAAAAUCGAGAUUUGA